CACUUCCUGUUUCCGGAGCCAUGCUAUUGCACGGAGGAAAAGCGAACAUGUGAAGUGACGGUUGUUUAUCCAAACUUGUACUGUUUUGUGGACAUAAAUGGCGUUUAUGGGGCAGUAUUCCUUUGAUCCUUUGAUGUCAGGGUGUAAGGUGGAGGAGAUUGCGAAACGAUGGCAUGACAUUCCUGUCAGUCAGAAGAGAGAAACCCUCUACUUGGCCAACCUACAUGUCUUCUGGUCUGACAUUCUACAUCCAUUGUGGAAGAUCAAGGGUUUGACGCCAUGGGGGGAACUGAUGCACUCUCUGGCCCUCAGUGACAACAAUUACUUGAAUUUGAAAGGUAUAUAUAGGUUAGAAAUCCUGGAAUCCAUUCUAAUGGCUGUAUCACUGGGAUGCUUGUCUGAAGACUCAACAAUAUGGUUGAUUGUACUGGGUACCAAGUUUGAUAUGGGAGUGUGCUCUCUUGAAGAGGCUGUCCAUUGGCUGCAAAAGGCAGGGGAGCCUGACAUUGUCUCGCAGAUCCAGAAACUGGGCUCCAGGAAGGACUGUGCCGAGACCCUCUCAUUUAUCUGCAGAAACUCCGUCUACUACUUGCGAGCCAGAGUGUUUUUCGGUGAGCACAUUCUUCAGGAGUGGACAUUGGUCCCGGCUCAUGACAGACAAGAAAGUGAAGAGAGGAAAAACAAAGGAAAUACAUUUUUUCAGAAAGGGGACAUGAGUGCAGCUGUGGAAUGGUACACUAAGGCCAUCGAGUUUAACCCAGAAAACCACAUUCUCUAUGGGAAUAGAGCACUUUGUUUUUUACGCUCUAAAGAAUAUUUGAAAGCAGCUAGCGAUGGGAAGCGCGCUGUCGUCAUCAGGCCGAACUGGCCAAAGGGCCACUACCGCUUCUGUGAUGCCCUCUUCGCCCUCGGCGAGCACCAGAAGGCUCUGCAGGCCAACCUGAGGGCCAUCUUCCUGUGCAGCGAGGAUCCGGAGGGCAUUCGUGACCUGGAGCAGCAGAAGUGCCGCUUCCAGAUAGACCUGGCCAUGAUGGAGGAGCUCCGAGCUGCUGGUAAGCGGAAGAAAAUGAAACCAAAAAGAGAUGGUAGCAGGAGAACCGAUUCCCAGGUUAAAGUAGAUCUACAUGAUACAGACCCCCCUAAUAAACCAGAACCUCACAUAAACUCCAGUGCCUCAAAAAACCAGGAGUCGGAAGAGAGUGCCUGCGGGAAUUCUGACUCCGGUGAAGCUGGUACUGACAUGCAAACGGAUGACUGCGCCGAAACAGGUGCCAAAAAAGAAACGACUGAGAAGAUGCACAAAAAAGAGCCUCACAUUCAGGACAAAACAAAACCCAAAAACCGACACCAAGGGACGCACAAAAAGACCAAGGCAGAAGCUUCGUCUGGAGACCUGGUGGGCCAGUUUAAGUCAGUGGUUCACGAUGCCCAUUCAGCCCUGUCGGACCAGCGCUGUCACAACGCGGAGGUGGCCUUCUCGCAGGCCCUGAGUUUAGCAGAGACGGCACCUUCUCCGGAGCUGGACAUCUUAGAUCUUGACAAACUGAUAUUGAUCUAUGGCCACGCUACCGCCCUCCUCGAAAUUGGACAACCAGAAGAAUUGGCUCAAGCUAAAAAGCAAUUCAACAAGAUUAAGGAUGUUGCAGGAAGGGAAUUUCAGUGUUUGGUAUACUAUGGAAUGGGAAAAGUGCUAUUUAAAGAGAACAGGUUUUCCGAAGCUUUACAUGAGUUUAAUAAAGCCUUACUCAUGGUUAAACGACAGAUCGUACCAGGGAAAUUAACCUGGCCCAAAACAACGAUUACAGUCCAGGAAACCCAUACGGAUUAUUUAAAGGAUCGUACGGAGGAGUAUAUAGAGAUGUGCAAGUUUCCUCCAAGGCCAGAUGCAAUUUGUCGACAUCAGACAUGUUUGGUUAUUUCAAAAAUUGAGAUCUACUUCACAGACCCAGACUUUAAGGGGUUCAUCAGACUUGUAUGCUGUCAAAGCUGCAAUGUAGAGUUUCACAUUAGCUGCUGGAAGAAACUGAAAGCCACUUCAUUCAGUGACAAGACCGAUAAGGAAUUCCUCCAGCUACCAUGUUUCACUCCAGAUUGUGCCGGAAACAUCUGCCAGAUUGUGAUUUUUGGUGCAACCGGUCUGGUGAAAUGCGAGUUUGAGUCUUCUGUUGCGAAAAGCACAGCUCACAUGAAACAGAAGGUCAAACAUAAGUGUACGAGCCUCAAGAAGUUAAAAUUGAAGGAGGAGCGAAAGCUGAGGAGAAAACAGCACAGACAGGCAGAGUUUCUGGCUAAACAGAGAUCCAAUGAAGAGACAUCCUCACAAGAGGACAACAAAUUGGAAGAUGGCCGCCAGAAGAAAGUGCCACCUCAGACCUGGCUGGCAUCUGGUGACCACGUUCUCCACCAGAUAAGUCAGAACAGGCAGCUGUUUAAAGGCGAGAGCCCUGAUGUUUCUGUGUUCGUGGGAAGCCUUCGACCCUGGAUAGAUUUCCACGCAAAGAAGGAACAAGCGCAUCCGGUACCUGCCUGGAAGGUGCCGGAGACUCUGGAAGACACAGUGAAUCUGGUGCUGGAGAGGAAGAACAGGGUUUGGGCCCGAGUGUUCAUUCAGGCCCUGAGCAGAGCCGCCGGGGUGAGCCAGAAGCUGGCCGAGUGGGCGGCCGUGCUGAACAGUGCAGGCAUGGAGGCGGUGCGGGAGUUCAUAGAGCGGCACGCGGAACACCUGGAGGAGCUGGACCUGGCCCCUCUCCUGGCCUUCCAGCCACUGCACGACGCCAUCAUGGAGACGUCCGGAGCUCUGCCCAGUUUGCUUGUGGGAGCGGCCACCACCGUGACAGGCUGCCUGAGGGCUGCCGGAGAUCUCGAGGUCAUGCGUCUCUUCAUCUGGGUCCUGGAGGAGAACAGAGAGAACUUUGUUUCCUGCCAUCAGGUGCUUAAUACGUUUUUUGAGAUGGACUGCCUUUGUGUAGUGAAUAAAAAGAUGGAGAGUGAAAAUCAAAUUAAUUCUUCUAUUAAGAGUAAGAACAGAAAUAGAAAAAAGAAACAAAAAGAGUCAAAGUCUAUAAUGGUAUUUACUGGAUCAAGAGGAGGGACUCUAAGAGAGGAGGAUGAAGAUUUAUUCUUUGAAGAAGAUUCUCUAAGACUUUUAGACAGUAAUAAUCCCUUUAUUGUGCCCGAACACCUUCGCCAUCAACUAGAUGAAUUUGAAGGACAGUAUAAUAAUAAUCGAUUCAAGACAAUUUUGGACAACAAUAUUAGAACAGAUCCUGCUAAGGAGAAUUUAUAUGACUAUUUUGCUCAGAUCCUGGAGGAACAUGGUCCUUUAGAUGUCCACGACCCACUACUUGUGGGACAGUUGGAUAAUUUCCCUAGAGAGGCAACACUGUUGAUUCAGGAGUCGGGCGGGCUAGAGGGCUUCCUCCUUGGGUCCUUACGGUUCUCGACAAACGGCACUCUGAUUGGUCUGACGACAGACGCUUCUUCGUUCCUGGACCAGAGAGAAGAGCCUGUAGUUGACAACUCGUGCCCCUUCCCCACCUACCAGGAGGACAGUAACAUCAGAGGACUGACCCUAAACCCAUCUGCCAAAGAAUUUACACCCUUAUACUCGGAAAUCUAUACAUAUCUUCCUGGUGAACCUACAGUCUUUGAUCAAGGAAUAAAUGCUAUAGAUUUCAGUGGCGGCACGUAUAAUGGAGAUAUUUCAGAGGGUUUUGCAUAUCCAGAUUACUCUGAAAUGUAUAUUAAUGAGCCUUUUAGUGAUGUAGAAUAUAUAGCUGCUUCAGAGACUAACCAACAUGCUAAGAAAACUCGGAUGAGAAGUGUACCAGUACAGAUGUUUAGUAAAAGUAAAGAUGAUGUUUUGGUUAACACAGAACCUUAUGAGCCAUUUGAAAGGAAUAAAGGAGACAUGAUUAAAAAAGAAAAAUAUAUCAGUCAGCUUCAAAAGCAAAUAAUGCAAGCAGAAGAGGAUUAUACAAAAGGGAGGCAGCUCAGAAAGGAGCAUAUUUCAUCCCUGGAAGAGGAGCUGAAGGAGAUUAAUCAGAACAUCGAGAUUGCCAACAAGGAGCUGGAUCUAUUCCAUAAAAAACUGGAGGAGGAGGUGAGGAAGGACCAGCAGGAGAAAAAGGCCAAUCAGGAGACGCUAAAGACCUUGAAGAACGAGAUGAAGGAGCUGGCGGCGGCGCGGGAGACCCUUUUAAAAAACAUUAAAGAGAAGAGAAUGGAGUAUGACAAACAAUUCAAUGAGAUCUUGGACGAGAGGAACCAGUCUGAGGCUGAGAAACUGAGUAUGGAAGAAGAGGUGAAGCGGUGCAAGGACCUCUGUGCCCGUGCAGUCGCAAGGUCACUGGCCGCUGAGGUCACUAUGCUGGACUGCAGACGUCAGUGUAGCCUCCAGGGCCUGUACAGAUACGUGUCGGAGAAAGAGACAGUCCUCGCUCACUUGAAGGAGGUGGCCAGCAGGGCCAAAUCACCCGAAGUUAGCAAAGCUCUGAAUGCCUGGCAGGAAGUUCUUCAGGAUGCAAAGGACAAAAUCUUCAGGACUGAGGCCAGCUACAAGGAGCAGAUGGAGCAGCUGCAGAAGGGAACCAGACUCUCCAGUCUGCCUCCGGUGACUGUGCCCUCUCCUCUGCCCACCCCAACUCUACCGCCCUUCGCCAGCCAGGGAUCCGCUGUUCGCUACCCGAGUCCGCGGCUCCCCUCAGCCGCCACACACGUCACCCUGCCGCCAGUGAGACUGCAGCCCGCGAACAGAGGGCCCCGGGCCCUGCCUGCUGUGGCCCCCCCGCAACCUGACCCCUUCCAUGGCAGAGGUGGCCUGCACCCCGACAUUCCAGCCAGCCCAUGGGAUGGCACUCAGGGCGUGAGCCUGGGGCAGCAGCCACAGGGCCCCAGGGCCGGCCCCCAGCAUCCAGCAACUGCUUUCGAGAAAAUCAUCGACCGGCUGGCCAUCAUGUUCCCCCACUAUAGCAGACCCGUGCUAAGCAAGUUCAUCCAGGAGGUGCGCUCUGCCAAUGGGGGUCACCUGAACAGCCUCACCUAUGACGUAGUCAUCAACAGAGUGGCUCAGAUCAUUCUAGACCAUCAGGAAAACACCAGAGAGCAGAUGAGCGCCGCGCACGGCCUGGGAGCCCGAGAACUUCUGCCAGGGUGUCAGUCCCCAUCACCAAGGUGCGAGUCGCCAGCACCUGGCAGGUCCUCCACCGCGCCCCCGCAGGCCUGGAAGAGCAUGGACACAUACAAGCGGCCCGGGUCCCGAGCGUUGAAUGUGGAAGAUCCCUGUAUCAUCUGCCACGAGGAGAUGUCCGCAGAGGACCUCUGUGUCCUGGAGUGUCGGCACAGCUUCCACAGAGAGUGCAUCAAGUCCUGGCUGAAAGAGCAGAUGACCUGCCCCACCUGCAGGGACCACACCCUCCUGCCAGAGGACUUUCCCCAGCUACCGGACAGGCCUCGGCGGGGCCACUACUCCUGAUCUCCCUUCUUGCGUGCUCCACAUAAGGGGAAUGACACAUGGUGGGAAAUAUCGUGACCAAAACAGUUGUGGACUUUUUUUUUUUUUUUUUUUUUU